AUGACUAUGCAGUGCGACUAUGCAUCUGCCACGGUUUCACUCCGCCGGCUGUCCACGCCGUCUUACAUCCAGGCGCCUGGUAAAAGAUUGGCCACGAAGUGGAUUUGGUACUGGAAAGACGAUAAUGGAUGGAAAGAAUACGAUGGAAAAGUAAGUUCUGUCGAACUUUUUUCAAUAUCUAUUGUUGGUAGGAAACUGGCAGUUUAAAUAACAUGGUUGCUAUUUAAUGAAGUGUGGAAGUAACAACCUUAUUCCACUUCUUAUCAGCCCUCUUAGUAUUCAGAUCUGGGGGUGCAAGGGGUGAGUAACAACGUUACCCACUUAACUUGUCAGGUGGGUCACGUGACUUGCCAGAAUUGAUCUGAUAACAUUUUUCUUCCCAGUUUAUUUCUCCUUGUCAUGAGGAGGCAGCACCCUUUUUGCUUUAAAAAGCAUGUUUGCCAUCUUUUAAGCUCUAGGAUUAAACUGACAUUAAAUUGACAACAACUAUUUUCUAACAUUUUGGGUUCAUUAUCACGAAUCAGUUGUUAUAUUCUCCAUUGUUUUCGAUAUAAAUUUUGAUUGACAUUUUUCAAGGAAAAGGUGGAUCUAUUAUGGUGGCUAGUUAAAAUCGUCAUCGAUGUGGCCAAAAAAUAGGUAUGUGUAAUCAAAAGAUGACGAGUGAAAUUAUUCCCUAAUUUCACGAGUAUACCAUUUGAUUACCUAUUAAUAUCAUGGGUGACGAAUUACGUUAGCAAUCGAGGAUUUUUGACUUAUUUAUGCUGGAUCGUAUCGAUCGAUCGUGAACUCCACUCUCUCAAACGUUUAGAGCUGAAAUUUGGCUUAAGUUUUCAGAAUUUUUCGACAACAUACCUCUAAGAAUCCUUCUUUAUGUGCUUUUUCGUGUGUUCAGGUUUUCUAAAGCGUCUUUUUAUGCCCUGACAUCUUCAUUCAUGACAUUUUAAAACUUCGUCGCCAUCUUGUCACUGAGAUGUACGGCAGGUUGCCAUGGCAAUUUAGUAAUUUCACAUGUGAAAUUACAAAUUAACGCUGAAAUUUCGCGCCAAAAUUAACGAGUAAUUCGUCACCUAUGAUAUUAUUAUCAUAACAAGAACAGCUAAACGAUUUAAUUUCACUUGAUGUUUUACACAAGACUUUGGAUAGUGCUGUUCCUUAUUGUUCUUCGUAUUUACCAAUGUGUUAUUUCGUUUCACUAAUUUAAAUUUUUUAAAAACAUUCUUGAAAGUAGGAUAAAGGAGAGAAAACCGCUGGCGCAAGAUUUUAUUUCUGUCCGCCAUUCGUGUCAAGAAUUACACUUAGGUCUGGACACAGAAUUCUUUUUAACAUCAUAACGCAAAUUUUGUGUUGUGCUUUUAGAUCUCACGUGAGAUGGCACAAGAAAACAUAGAGGCUGACUAUCUUAACAAAGAGGGAUUUUACUUCUUUCACAUAAACCGACGUAAAUACAUGAUAACAUUAUAUGACAAGUCGAUGCGUCAAAGGAAUAUGGAUCCCAAUUACCGCACCGAGAGAAGUGUCAGAAGAAGACCAAAGUUUGUUGCUGAGUCAGAGCUUCAUGAUCAUUCCCAUACAAGGUCAGGUUCCGUAGGUUUGUUAUUUCCAUUUUUAAAUCCAUGGGCCGGAAGGGGAUGCGGAACUUCGUUAGUUAAGCUCUGCUGGUAUGUGCUUGUAUGGCUAUGUCACGUAGUACAAUAGCUGGAGAGCAAGGAAUGCACUGGGAUAGCACAAACCAGGAAAUUACAUUAUUCAGUGUAGGAAAUUAACGAUGCACUUUAUUAAAGCGAUUUUUGUUUAAAUCGCGUUAAUUUAAUGCAUCUUAAUUUACGUCGAUGUUAAUUUAAAUCACACUAUUCUACAUCAUUGUUGUUUUACAGCACCUUUUCAAUAACAAAACCUCGUCUGCUAAUAGUUCCUCUAUCAACGCCUUGGAGUCACUAUUUGACAGUUCUUCCUUGCGAGGCAUAGGAAAAUGCCAGGAUCCAAGGGAGCGUUCCCUCUCUAGAUCCAAUUACGGAGAAGUAGCAUGACUGAGAUAACAAUGACUGGAAAUGCUGCUGUUUUUUCCUUUAGAUAUGUAUGUUGAGAAGUUUGUAUUGCAGCAAAUUCGCGUAAAAUAAUUAAUCAAUUAAGUUAGGCGCACAUCGUUUUCGAAAAUUUCGCGUUAAUUCAGUAAUGUAUAUGAACCAAACUUUUGGAAAAUUCGCGUUAAUUUUGUGUAACGUAAAUCUUCUUGACGUUGUCAACGUGCAUCGUUAAUAAUUUUGUAUUAUAUGGUAUAUCACUUAAAUUGAGAAUUUCGAUUUACGAUGAUGCCUGAACUGUCUGUUUCUCCCAUCCCACAAGCCCCUAAGAACGUCUGCGUGGGAGGCUAGCUGAUGUACGGGUCCAAAUGGGUCAUUGAAAAUUGAUGAUUUUUUUAUUUUACCUCCAUAUUUUUACCAAAUUAAUUAGUCCAGAACAAUAUUGAUUGUUGGAAGAGUGACAGAUACAGUUAACUUUUUUUCUCAACGGAUAUCUCGCUAUGACAUCUAGACUGCCUACCUUUCUUUACUCCGUUUAGUUGACUCUCAUAUAAAGGCAGACAUCUCGAUGAAACGGGCACCGAGAACUGGUCACUGCCUUUGUUUACUCGUUAAAGCUGACUACCUAGCUAUGAGACGGACACGUCGCCAAAAAGGACACCUAGAGUUGGUCCCUGCCUUUCUUUACUCCUUUUAAUUGCCUCUAAAAGACAGACAUCUUGUUUUCAAAAGAAACGGUUGACUGAAUACACGCCGUUUUUAUGGCACCAGUGUAGUCAACUCCCAGUUCGUGUUUUUCGAUGUCCAAAACUGACCACCCUAUAAAAGACUGACGCUUGAUACAAUUAAGGCAAACAAAGUAAUAACCUUGCGGUUUUUUUCUUCCAUUUUGCAGUUUUUUCAGCCUAUUCAACUCAUUUCCCAGAGUCUCUAACAUCGUUCAAGCCAUUAGCAGACGUCUCAUGGGUCAUGACAAUACCUUCAAACGAAUUCCCCUGUCAGCAGAUAGUGAGGAAUUCAAAAAGGUGGAAACGCUGUUUCAUAAAACAAUCCUAAAACGCAAGGCAAAGAUAACUGUGAUCGAGAAAAUAAAGAAUGCUUUCUUAAAUGAGAGAUACAAAAGGUAUAGUAAAUGUAUGAACAAGACCUUAAGUUCUGUAUUCUUAAGCCCCAGGCAAUCGGAUGCAACAUUGUUGGCCAACAACUCUAAACAUUGUUAGAUCAAAAAUGUUACAUAUUGCGUCCGUUUUCACACCCUGUUGCAUGACUGUUGUUGCGUGUUGUUGGGCAAUGUUUGAAACCACCGGUCAAACUUUUAGCCCCGUGCAAAAGGGACGCAACAUUGUUGGGAGUUGUUGCGUCCGUUAUCACGUACAAUUGUAGCUUGGGUCUUUUACCGUACGGACUAUUGUCAAGGUCAAUUCACAUUUAUUAAUUCGGUCAAGAGUGAGCUGAAAUAAGAGCCAGCUAUCCUCACUCAUCAUUUUUUAUCAUUAUAAACUCUGAAAGAAAAAUAAAAAGAGAUUUUCUUACAGAGAAAACAAAGCAUGACCAUUUUAACUUAAUUUUUCGAUGACACGAAAGUUGAACUUGAAAAUGUUGGCCAAUUCUUUUUUCAUAACAAGUAAACAAGUUGUGAAAGGUUUGAACCCUGGAGUCAUUUCAUAAGUAGGUUAAGUAUAUCGUCCGGGUGAACAAGGUCCUGAAUAGGACUAUUGUUGUUGACAGUGACUGACGUUUCCACAACCUGUAUGGUAGUCAUCUUCAGAGUCAAAGUGAGUUGUAUCACGUCAGUUGAUGGUAUUAAACUUUGGUUAUUGACCUGGGAUCAAUGAAAUAAAACUUUUACAACUGUAAUUUACUAGUUUAGCUAUUGUUUUAGGACCCUAAAACAAUAGCUGCACUUGUAAAUUACAACUGUAAAGGUUUUAUUAAAUUGACCCCUGAUUGGUAAAUUAAGUCGCGAUGUUAUUGGUCGUCUGUCAGUUAAGCCGUGAUGUUAUUCUCCAUUAAUGAAGACUCGUAAUGCCAUUGGUGCGUUUCAAAUAAUCCGUCUAUUUUAACAGUUAAACAGUCGUUUACUGUAGGUCAAAUCGUUAGUUGUUCAGUCGUUCUCUCGAAGUUAGUUUUGCUUGAUUCCGUUAAUAAGUCGUUUGUACGGUGCUGGUAACUGUUGAUUACGAUUCAGUGGCGUUUGCUCUAAGUUAGGAAACCAGCUUUCUAAAGUGAGUCGUUGAUAGUAGUCUGUAGAAUACGUAAUAAAUGUCACAGUGUCUGACUUUGCGACAUAUCUGACGAUCAUAUCCAAAUCAUACUUAACCUACUUAUGAAAUAAAAAAGUUGCAAUCCACUUCCACCGCGGGGUCCUUGAAAGCUAUAAAGGCACUUUCUUACCAGUUAAUUUCGGUUUUUCCUUGGCCAAAAAGUUUAUUUUUCAGUCUUUCGGCCUUGAAAGUCUCCCUUGAGUACCAGACGAGGUAUCCACUAAAGAAGAUUUUUUUAAUUUCUUUUUAAACUAUCUUUUGGUGUCUGGAUUCGUUUUGCUACUAGAUGCAGAUGCAUGAAUACGAAAUAAAAACCGUUUGAACGCGUUUUCAGCAACUUUGAAUCCGGAAUCUUAAAUGUCGGAAUACUUCAACCGAAUAACCGUUCCUGGAUUAACUGACGUGUGUCUGAAUAUCUAAAAUGUAAUAAAUCCUGAAACAUUUCUGAAUGCGGCAAUUAAAGUCAUGCAAAUGUAUACGUAGAGCCCUUAGUCCUCUGCAAAAACCCACAGUUUAUUCCGCAAUUUCAUUAAAUCAAUUUAACUGUAAUGGGUUCAUUCCAUUUAUAAGUUGUAUACGGUGGAUGUAUUUUCAGGAAGAGAGACCAAAUCAAGAAUAUACUUAAAGUCUCCGACAACGAUAAUGUGGAGAGGCUUCUUUUCCACGGCACCAGUUCAGAUGUCAUUGACGCCAUCUGCAAGCACAAUUUUGACCACAGGUGUCACGGCAAAAACGGCACAAAAUAUGGUAAAGGAAGCUAUUUUGCCGUUAAGGCCUCAUAUAGUAACAACUACUGCAGUGGAAUGACAAGAUUUAUGUUCCUUGCUCGAGUGUUAACCGGAGAGUUUAAGCAAGGAGAUGAAUCACCCCAUCGACCUCCUUUAAAAGACCCUAGCAAUCCCGCUAGUGAUCUGUAUGAUUCAUGCGUUGAUAAUGAAUCAAGCCCAUCAAUUUUUGUCAUUUUUAAUGACGAACAGUGUUAUCCUCUCUAUCUAAUAACAUAUGACAUUAUUUAA